CCUAGUCUCUGUUGUGUUCUUUGUGAGUGAGGUCAGUUCUUCCCGCUCUUAGUUGCAGCAAUGCCAGAGCCUUCUAAGUCGGCUCCCGCCCCAAAGAAGGGCUCCAAGAAGGCUAUCACUAAGGCGCAGAAAAAGGACGGUAAGAAACGCAAGCGCAGUCGCAAAGAGAGCUAUUCCAUUUAUGUGUACAAGGUGCUCAAGCAGGUCCACCCCGACACCGGCAUCUCGUCCAAGGCCAUGGGUAUCAUGAACUCCUUCGUCAACGACAUCUUCGAGCGCAUCGCCGGCGAGGCGUCGCGCCUGGCGCAUUAUAAUAAGCGCUCGACCAUCACGUCGCGAGAGAUCCAGACGGCCGUGCGGCUGCUGCUGCCAGGCGAGCUGGCCAAGCACGCCGUGUCUGAGGGCACCAAGGCCGUCACCAAAUACACCAGCUCCAAGUAAGUGCCAUUGUCGGCACUUCUUAAAUCAACGGCUCUUUUCAGAGCCACCCACUUUGUUCAAAGAGAGCUGUAACUCUCACUUAUACCUAAUGACACCCAAGACGUA